GGCUACGCUAAGCUAAGCUGCGACCUCCUCUCUCUCCAAUCUGUUCCUCUCCUCUUCUCUCUCAUCGCCAGGCUUGGCUCUCUCAUCGCAGGAAGGAGCUGGACGAGGACGAUCCUGAUAUAUCUUCAGUAUCAUACACCUAUGCUGUGGGAUGGACGAAGCUCCGGCACCUCUCGGUUCAUCCACCUCGCAGCAAGAAUCCGAGGGAGAUCAGCAUCACCAUGCAGAUGCAGUUGACGGUAAGGUGCACAUCGACACCACUGCGCCAAUCGAUUCGGUUAAGGGCGCUGUCAGCAAGUUCGGAGGAAUUCUUGAUUGGAGAGAGAGGCGGAAGCAAGUGCAGGAUGAGCUUGACAAGGUGCAGGAGGAGGUCGCCGAUUACCAGAAGAGAUCACAGGAAGCGGCGGCCGGCAUGGCCCGAGCGGCGCAGGAGCUAGGCGGCGCCAAUGGCGCGAUCGAUGAGCUGAGGCUCAGCUUGGAGAAGGCGCAGGCCGAGGAGGCGCGGGCGCGGCAGGACACGGAGCUCGCCGAGCUGCGGCUCCGGGAGACGCAGCAGGGCGUCCGCGAGAGCACCGCUGCGAAGGCGGAGCUCGCCGUCGCUAGGGACCGCCACGCCACCGCCAUCGCUGACUUGCGGUCGGUGAAGGCGGAGCUGGAGCUACUGCGGAAGGAGCAUGCCGCCGCUGCCGCCGAGGCAGACGCCGCGGCGGCGAGAGCGCGGGUGACGGUCUCCUCGUCGCAGGAGGCUGUCAAGGCCGUCGAGGAGCUCACCGCCGAGCUCGUUGCAGUGAAAGAAGAGGUGGAAGCUUGUCACCUCGCGCAUGACGAAGCGGAGGAGAAGAGGAUGAGAGUGGCAAUGGCGUUGGAGCAGGAGAAGGUGCAAUGGCGGAGGGAGCUGGAGCUGGCCGAACAGGAGGUGAAGAAGCUUGCGGACUCGCUAAUGGCGACGAAAGAUCUCGAGUCCAAGGUAGCCGCGGCUUCCGAAACGCUGGUGGGACUGAGAGCCGAGCUGUUCGCCCGCGCGGUGGAAGGAACAAUCGGCGAAGAGGCGGCGACGGAGAAGGAGAAGCCGACGGUGAGCUCCCGGGCGAAGCUGGACAAGACCAAGAAGGAGCUCGAGGACGUGAAGGCGACCGUCGAUAAGGCCAAGGACGAGGCCAAGUGCCUGCGCGUCGCCGCCGCGUCGCUGAGCGCUGACCUGGAGAAGCAGAAGGCGGAGCUCGCCGCUCUGCGGCGGAGAGAAGGACUCUCGGCGACGUCCAUCCCGGCGCUCGAGGAGGAGCUGAGCCGUGUAACCACCGGCCUCACGGCGGCGCAGGUCGCAAGAGCGAAGGACGGCGGCGUGGAGACCAAGAUGCCAGCACAGCUAGAGGAGGCGCGGCGAGAGGCGGAGAAGGCCAAGGCCAAGGCCCGGUCGGCGCAGGAGGCGGUGAGCAAGGCCAGAGAAGAGGCGGUCCUUGCCAAGGCCGCCGUCCACACCAUGGAGGCAAGGCUGGAGGCGGUGAAGCGGGAGAUACUCGCCGCAACGACGUCGGAGGGGAUCGCCGCUGCCUCGGCGGCGGCGCUGCUGCAGGAAGGUAAACCGGCAAGGAACGCGCAACUCCAGGAGGACGUGGAAGGCAGCGUGACGCUGACGGCGGAGGAGUACGACGAGCUGAGCCGGCGGGCGCGGGAGACGGAAGAGGACGCUGGCAAGCGGGUGACGGAGGCGGUGAAGCAGAUCAAGGAAGCCAAGGACGCGGAGGUGCGGAGCCUGGACAAGCUGGCGCAGCUGGCGAAGCAGACCGAGCAGAGGAGGCAGGCGCUCGAGGCGGCGAGCGCGGAGGCCGAGGAAGCCGAGUUCGGGAAGCUGGCGGCGGAGCGGGAGCUCAGGCAGUGGCGGGCCGAGCACGAGCACCAGCGACGGUUGGCCGGCGAGACCGCCUCGCCGCGCACGGGCCUCGCGGAGGUCUCCGUGUUCGACGACGCGUCGGGCGGCGGGAACCCUCACAUUCUGAGCCCGAGAGGAGGGUACAUGCCGAGGACUGAGAUGGCGGCGGCGGCGGCGGAGGCGGAGGGGGCGAAGCAGAAGUCGACGUUCUUCCCGCGCAUGGUGAUGUUUCUGGCGCGAAAGAGAGCCCAGAACUGGAAAUGAUCUUCUUCUUCUACUGUCUCGGCCAUUUUGCUUUGUGUUGUAAAUGUGAGCAUGCGGAAGACUAUUCUAAACUCUCAAGGUGACGUUCGCUCGUCGAUUACAUAUCA